AUGACCCUGGUGAGAUGUCUCCUGGUUCUCGCGCUCUUCCUACCUGCGAUUGGGAGCUACAGCGGUCACCCCAUAGAAGAUGAAUCUCUGAAAGGAGAAGCUGCCCCACGUCCCCGGAGGAAUCUGGGCCCUUGCGUCCCAAGCCCGUGUUUUCACCAAGGGGUUUGCAACGUGGUGGAAGACAACGCGACUUGUACCUGCAAGCCGGGCUUCACCGGACCCUUUUGCAAAGAAAUGGUGGUCAAACUACAGUGUGAAGAAGAGUACAUGAGGAUGAUGGUGCGGAAAGAAGCCUUUGAGAUGCUGAGGAUCCCCUUAGCCUUGGUCCACCUGAAGAUGAACACCUGCAAAGUCUUCGAGCAGCAAGAAGACGGGGCCAGUUUCUGGGGAGCAACGCUGACUGUGGAGAACCACACCAAUUGUGGGUCAGACGUCAAGGUCAACGGCUCGCAUGUGUCGUACGCCAACGUCAUUGAGUCAGACGGGGAGGUUCAAGGCGUGAUCACCAGGAGUAUCUUCGCCCGCGUCCACUUCUCCUGCAUCUACGCCUACAAGCGGGUGGUCGGCCUGCUCCAGCCACUCAUGGCAAUGGACCAAGUUGUCCAGUUUGCGGUCAAGGAGGGGGACUUCACGGUGACCAUGGCACUCUAUGAUAGUGCAACUUACGAGCAGCCGCACCGCCGGCAGCCCCUAAUGCUCUUCCUGUCGGACAUCAUCUACGUCCUGCUCCGGAUCGAAGGGCAGGACCAAGUCAAGUACUUCUUCCUCAGUGUGGAGGACUGCUGGGGAACUCCAACUGCUGAUCCGGAUCACGAGACGAAGCACCAGCUGAUCAUGAAAGGGUGUCCCCACGACAAAACGUUGACGUUCAUAAAUAUGAUUGGAACCAGUACUGUGGCCAAAUUCAGUUUCCAAAUGUUCCAGUUCACAAACUACUCAGAAGUGUUCCUACAUUGCCAGGUUCGCCUGUGCAUACCGGACACCCAAAAGCCCUGUGUUAAGGAAUGUCCCAUCAAGCAGAAAACCAAGAGAGAGUUGCCCGACGACUAUCAGAAGAUAGUCUCCUAUGGACCGAUUCAGUUCCUGGUCCCGUCCCGAAUGGAAACCCAAAACUCCAAAAGCCCAGAAUCCUUUGGAGAGCUUGAAUUCUGGAUCCUCAGCGCGGUGGUUUCGGCCUCCAUCGCCAUCGGCUUCGUCUUGACUGCUGUUGCCAAAGCCAUGAAGAAAUGA